UCGAUCUCUAUGGCAGCAGCAGUAACGUUCACCAGGCGCCCCGGCAGCUGAGCCCUAGCGGCUCCGGCCCUCGAGCGCUGAGGGGCCGCCGGAGGUUGGGAGGAUGCCCCUGGCCGCCUACUUCUUCCUGCGGGCCGUGGGCAAGGGCAGCUACGGGGAGGUGAGCCUGGUGCGGCACCGGCAGGACAACAGACAGUAUGUCAUUAAAAAGCUAAACCUUAAACAUGCAUCCAGCCGAGAGAGAGAAGCAGCAGAACAAGAAGCCCAGUUGUUGUCUCAGCUGAAACACCCCAACAUAGUCACCUACAGGGAGUCCUGGGAGGGGGAAGAUGGCCUGUUAUAUAUUGUCAUGGGCUUCUGUGAAGGAGGGGACCUGUAUCAUAAACUUAAAGAGCAGAAAGGCAAACCUUUGCCAGAGAAUCAGGUGGUGGAAUGGUUUGUCCAGAUUGCCAUGGCAUUGCAGUAUUUACAUGAAAAACACAUUCUACACAGAGAUCUCAAAACUCAAAAUGUUUUCCUGACCAGGACAAAUAUAAUCAAAGUGGGAGAUCUGGGAAUAGCCAGAGUGUUAGAAAAUCAGUAUGAUAUGGCCAGUACUCUCAUUGGCACACCUUAUUAUAUGAGUCCUGAACUGUUCUCCAACAAACCUUACAACUACAAGUCUGAUGUUUGGGCUCUGGGCUGUUGUGUUUAUGAAAUGGCCACGUUGAAACAUGCCUUCAACGCUAAAGACAUGAACUCUUUAGUUUAUCGAAUUAUUGAAGGAAAGCUGCCACCAAUGCCAAAGGAUUACAGUCCACAACUGUCAGAACUAAUAAGAACUAUGCUUAGCAAAAAGCCUGAAGAAAGACCCAAUGUGAAAAGCAUACUAAGGCAACCGUAUAUCAAGCGCCAAAUCUCUCUGUUUUUGGCAGCCACAAAGGCAAAAACAGCCAAAAAUCAUAAGAAAAUAUCUGAUUCUACACCCAGAAGUGCUGCUUCUGUGAUCUCAGUGAAGACUGGAUCUAAUAAUGGAAACAUCACACCCAAAAAACAUCCCUCUGAGCAAGCCAGGAGAGAUAGAGCCAAUGAAGAAAAACAUUUAAUCAAAGAUCAAACUUUUGAAAUUUAUCCCUCAGAGAAACCAGCAGCUGAGCCUGAAAAAAAUGCAAACAAGAAUGAGAAGAACAGCACAGGAGUUUCCAUAGCAACAAUUAGCAAAGUGGAUAUUGAUAUUUUACUGUCUGAAAGGAGGAACUGUAAAAGUGAUCACUUACUACAGGAUAACAAAGCAAGGUGCUUAAGCAUUCCUAGUGAAGUAGAAUCUAAAAUAACAUCUAAUGGCCCACAGACUAAGGAAGACAGACUACAGCAAAACUCAAAGCCAGGUUCUAGAACUGAAAUUGUGGAUUCUAAGCACUUUGCUGUUGAUGUUGCAGAUGAAGGAGAUGACACUUUGAAACUCCUGCAGCCUGUCUCAAAGGACCGAAAGCAAAAUGAUGACCAGAGCUUGGACUCCACUGAGAAGCUUCUAGCAUCGUUUGUUCCUGUCCUAAUUCAAGAUGAAGCCUGUCAUGGAAAUCCAGAAGAUGUUCAGGAAAAAUUCACUUUUCACUUCCAGCCUCAUAGCUCUUUCUGUGAACCUUCUCUCUCACGGCAGCGAUGGCAGAAGAAAAGGGAGAUAGAUGAAGACUGUUCAGAGAAGCUCAGAGCAGUUGCUCCGCGGCCCUUACCUUCUCUUCCUGAUGUGAAUGUGAAGACAACUUAUAGCCCUGCAGAUCAGCGUGGCACUGAAGUCACAGAGUCUGUAAACAGCUCUAAAAAUAGUGAGAGAGCAAUUUCAGAGGAUCGACCGUUGUCUGCAAGAGAGAGGAGGAGGCUAAAACAAUCACAAGAAAAGAUGUUUCCUUCUGUGCCUGCGGCAAGACGAGCAUCACAUAGUGCGGUAGUUGAAGCAAAAUCACUUGUGGAAAAUCUUAUUAAAGUUACUCAGACCUCGUCAGAUCCCAGUAUUUCUCAGAAAAAAAAAUUAAUCCAUUGUCUGUCUGAUGAUGAGCUAAGCUCUUCCACAAGCUCCACAGAUAAGUCAGAUGGAGAUUCCAAGGAAGGAAAAAGCAAUACAAAUGAAAUGAAUGAUUUGGUACAGCUAAUGACUCAGACACUGAAAAUGGAUUCUAAAGAGAACUGUGAACACCCUUCAAUCCUAACCCCUGCAUCAGAGUUCAAGCUUCAUAGGAAAUACAGAGACACUCUGAUCCUACAUGGAAAAGUAUCUAAUGAACCAGAGAAAUUCAAAUUUGAAGAAUUUCCUUCAGAUGUUUUAUCUGGUCCUGAAAAGAUUAGAAGAAUGGUUGAAAUUUUGAGGUCUGAGGUGGUGCAAGGGCUGGGAGUGAAACUUCUAGAGAAAGUAUAUGACAUCAUGGAGGAAGAUGAUGAACUGAAGAGAGAGUUGCACUUACGGGAGCACAUGAGAGAGAAGUACACAGAUUACAGUGUGAAGGCUCGCCAUCUGAAGUUUCUUGAAGAAAAUGUUAAGUUUUGACCAGGUGACUUAACUGGACCUUUCUUCCCUUAGAGCUGUUAGAGAAAAGCAGCAAGGACCUAUUUUUAGAGGUUGUCUGGUAGACUGAAUUAUCUCCAUAUUCUGUAUAGACUAAUUUUGUGGUACUUAUUUACCCAUGGAUUUUUCAUAUCUGGGUAAAGAGGUAAACUGGUCUUGACAGAGUGGAAUGCUUAUCUGCCUGUGCACAGCAGCACAUCUUUGUUACAGCAUUAGUACUAGUAAUGUUUUUAUAUUAAAAUGUGAAAGACUAUUACUUUUUCUACAGAAGAAAAAUUUGAUAUUAAUUUGGAUUUUUACUUUACACUACUUGCCUUUUGGUCUCACUGAGUGAGUGUUUUAUGGGUAUGAAAUUGUUUCUAGAAAGUACGUACUAAAUUCUGUAUGUAAACUAAUAUAAGAUCUAGUUCUAAUUUCUGGUUCAGUCAUACUGUGUCUCUUACUAUACCACCAAGUGACUGGGAACAUUUGCUAAGCCUAUAAUGUGGGAUUAUUAGAAUUAUAAUGUACUGAAGUUAAGACCUAAAGCUCAGUUUGGCAUGGAGAGCUGAUUGUGAUUUCUGUAGCUGCAAAAACUCACUGCAGUUUCUAGAAAUGGUUUAAAAUUUAAACUGUUUAAGAUACAGUAAAAAGAUGGACUCCUUACUCUGAGCCUUUGGGCAUCUUUAGAGCUCAUGUUCAAGGUUUAGAUUAGAAUUGUUUUCUCCAACCAAAACAAAUGCAAAUACUAAUUCCUUUUAGGAAUGGAAUAAUGAUUAAAGAAAGACUAGGUACAUUCAGAUAAAUUGGUCUAUUUAAUGUACCAUUUCAUCUGUCAACUUGUCUUAUAGUAAGUUUUUUGUAUACUUUUGUUAUGUUCUAAUGUUUGACAGAAUGUGUUUUGCAGCAUCAGUGUUCUGAAGGUUUGUAAAUCUUUGAUUUUUCAAGGGAUAAUUAAGUCAAGGAUAUCUGAAUUUUGUAAAAUAAAACCAUAUUCAGUAAGUCUACAAAAUGUCCAGUUUCCUUAAUACGCUUAGUAGAUAUUCUAUCCUACAGAAUAGCUCAUGUAGAGAAAUGCUGCAGAAUAAUAGUGCCCAUCAUCAGCACAAAGUGCAUUAGAGUAGGUGACUUCACAAAAUGGGAGGAGGCUCAACUCAGUUCUCCACAUCCAUUGCAGCUUCUGCAUCUCCCUCAGUCCCACUGUUCUGGGCAUGUUUGGUUUAUAGUUCACCUUCAAGCUGGGAAGAGCAAAAUCACUUUUAAUAAGCAAAGAUUGGAGUGUUGGUACUAAAGAUCACAAGAGAAGAGGCAGCACCCUGGCCAAAUGCCAAUUUGCAUGUUAAGGGGCUUAUUCCUUCACCCUCUCACUUCCCUGGUCCUUUUCGCAUGAACAGAGAGCAACAAUACC